GGCGCCGGCGGGAGCCACAAGCAGAUGGAGAAGAGCCAGCACAAAGCCAAGCAGUGCAAGGACUCGGCCACCGAGGCAGAGCGAGCGUACAGGCAGAGCAUCGAGCAGCUGGAGAAGCUGAGGGGCGAGUGGGAGCAGGAGCACCGGACCACCUGCGAGGCCUUCCAGCUGCAGGAGUUCGACCGGCUGACCGUCCUGCGGAACGCGCUGUGGGUGCACUGCAACCAGCUCUCCACGCAGUGCGUGCGGGACGACGAGCUCUACGAGGAGGUGCGGGUGACGCUGGAGGGGUGCAGUGUGGACUCGGACAUCAACAGCUUCAUCCAGCAGAGCACCGGCUCCGAGCCCCCAGCCCCCGUGCCCUACCAGAACUACUACGACCGGGAGGUCGCCCCGCCGGCCAGCAGCCCCGGCCUGCCGCUGGCCUGCAGCGUGAUGAAGAGGUUCUCAGGCCUGCUUCAUGGGAGCCCCAAGACCACGUCCACGCAGGCCCAUGCUGCCUCCACAGAGACCGCGGCCUCGGCGCCGCCCGAGCACAGCGAGAUCGUGUACACGGCCAUCGGCGUGCCGGGGCCGCGGGGGCCGCAGGGGAGCCCGGACCCGCCGGCCCGCGGCCACCGCGCGCUCUACGACUACAGAGCCCAGAACGCGGACGAGCUGGACCUCUGUGCGGGCGACGUCCUGACCGUCGUCCAGGAGGGCGAGGACGGCUGGUGGACCGCGGAGCGCGACGGGCGGCGCGGCUUCGUCCCCGGGUCCUACCUGGAGCAGCUGUGAGGGCGGCCGUGCCCACCAGAGCCCGCCUGCCCUGCCGA